CAAGUCCAAGUAGGAGCAAGCCCCCACGCCGCGUCUCAUUGAUUAGGGCCGUCCUCGAAAGCGUGCUGCGCGCGUGGUACAGUACUUGAAUCCACCUGGGGUCCCCUCUGGCCCUGGCCGACUCAGAUUUUCGUCUUCCAGCGUAAGCCAGUGGUGAGCCACAGCGCAGGGGGGGGCGGAAAGGAACUGAAGGGGGAGGGGGAGCGGCCGGUCGAUCGAGGAUUCGAGGGUUCUCCCGCGGGAGGAAGGAGCCAUGGGAGUGGGGCCGGGGAGGAAGGAAAUGGGGCGGGCGGCGGCGGCACCGACGUCGAGGGCGACAGGAACGCACCAAGCCCGCGUCAACGGCAGUGCCAAUGCCAAGCCAGGUUCUGGAAGCAGAAGGUCUCGGUCGGGACAGCGAGGGCCGGGUGGCCCAGACAACAUGCGCCACAACUACCGCGGCGUUCGGCAACGCCCGUGGGGCAAGUGGGUGGCGGAGAUCCGCGAGCCCAACUCCGGCAGGCGCCACUGGCUGGGCACCUUCAGCACCCCCGUCGACGCGGCCCUCGCCUACGACCGGGCGGCCGAGGCCUUCCUCGGCAACCUCGCGCACCUCAAUUUCCCCGCUGACCACGCUGCCGCCGUCACCGUCGCCACAGCCGCGCCGGCGCAGUGGCAGCCCGCGUCCUGCUCUCCCGCUCCCGCCACCACCGCCGACGUCUUCGAGGAGAAUGAGGUGAAGCCGCUGAUUGAUGUUGCGCAGGGUGGGGCCGGAGCGGAGGUCGCCAGCCAGCCGCAGCAGCAGGGCGCUUCUUGGUUGUCGCCUGAGCCUCUGCUCGACGACGACCCGGAUGACAUUUCCAUGUACAUCGAUUUCGACGCUGUUGACCACAUGAUGCCUUGUUAUCAUGGCAUCAAGGUAGAGGAUUGCCAGCCUGACUGACGGGUUCGACGGCGACGGCGUCUACUCUCCGCUGUGGGCGCUGGGUGACUGAAAUGGUAUAUGCUGAGACUGUGAGACAGUGCGAGAUGGUCAUUUCGCUGACAACUUCUGAUGGUUCGUCUUUCUGGCAGGAUUAGGAAUGGAAUUUAGCUUUGUUGGUACCUGGUAGUCUCUUCUGGUUGUUUUAGUAGCUAGCUGAACUUCCUUGCGUGUAGGACAACAGUCGGUGGUGCCUUCGUCUGCAUAUUCUUUUGUCAGGUGACUGUCUGUAGUGAUCUGCAGAUUCUCAUCCUGUAUAGGAUUAGAGACCCAUGGCGAGUUAUGUUCUGUAAUGCCCUGAUUACUGUAUAAUGCAGCAAUCCCCUGGUGUCAUGAAAUGCUGAUUGGAUACAGACUUGGCGAUUUGUCAGGAUCCCAAGUUGUUUUCAGCUGACGGGCAUGAACAGCAGCACAAAAGAUU